GCGCAAGGUCCUCCCGCACUGCGAGCGGUGCUGUGCCAGGGCUUUUUUUACUGCCCGCUGCGCACGCUUUGCUUUUUUUAUCUCCAUUUUAGACAGCACUGACGCAUCAGUGGGCAUCAUGACUUGGACAAUGUGCCGGUUUAUGGUCAGUUCCUGACGGCCCAUGUUUAUCAGUACCAGGCAGGUAACACCGACAGGAGGCGGAUGAUUGUGCAUCUGUUUCCCGUCGCUGAACCCGUGUGAGCUGCGAGAUGGACAGGCAGAGGGCGAAGCCGGCGGACCCAAACAGGACGGUCACCCCCACCGCCGCUUCAGCCCCUACAUCAGCAGCCGUCACCAUGGCAACGCUCCCAUCCGCCUGCACCACCUGCACCCUGGCCCCCUUCACCUCCCUCGGUGUCAUCCCCCCUGACAGACAGGCGGUCCAGGUGAUCCAGCACGCCAUCCACAGGCCUCAAAGCAUGGCGGCUCAGUACCUGCAUCAGAUGUAUGCAGCUCAGCAGCAGCACCUCAUGCUGCAGACAGCAGCCCUGCAGCAGGCUUCAGCGUGUCCCUCAUCCUCCGGUGGUUUGGGUCAAGCUGCUGGUGUUUCCCAAAGCUCUCUCACGCUGCCAGCAUCUCCAGUGACGGCCCAGUUGAUCGGCCGGUGCCAAACGUCCAACUCCACCGCGGCGGCGACCACCAUUUCCCAGCAGGCCAUGCUCCUGAGGAACAGGCCAGAUAACUGUAACCAAGCUCAGAUGUACCUUCGAACUCAGAUGCUCAUUCUAACUCCUGCAGCCACGGUGGCGGCGGUGCAGACAGACCUCCCCGCUGUCACCUCCUGCUCCUCUCUGCCUCCCUCCUCUCAGGUGCAGAGCCUGGCUCUAGGUGCUCACCUGCCCCGGGCGCUGGCCACGGCCCACAGCGUCGUCCUCAAACAGCCCGUUCAGGCCCGCGGUUCGUCUCCAGCUGCCUCUUUCUGCGCUCUUAAGACGAACCACUGCGCCGACGCCUCAGCAGAAGCGGGACCGGCUGACGCCCCCCCGCCGGCCUCUGGACCUCAGCUUGUGCCACCAGCCCUGUGCCCGGUGCAGACCCACACCGUGGUCAAGCAGCAGCUCACCUGUCCUCCGGCCCAGCGGCUCACGCACCACCAGCUCCUCCUCCAGCAGCCGGCCGCAGCAGGACCCUCCGGCCCCCGACAGCUGCAGCCCAUCGCGCUCAGAGUAGCGGCGCCGGAAGCCAACGCCAGCCCGCUUUCGCUGUCAGUCAAACGUCUGACGGCCUCCAGCACCAACGCCUCUGCUUCCUCUGCUUCCGCCGCGGUCCCGGCCGCCUCCGUGCAGCCUCAGCCUCCGCCUCUGCUGGCGGCGCCACAGCGUCGGACCUCGCUGCCGCAGGUGCGGAACCAAACGCCGCCGCCGCCGCUGGUUCUGCCCAGGCUGCCGAGGACCCCCCUCGCCUCCCCCCACAGCCUGUCCCUGCACUCGGUCCAGGCCCUGGCGGUCCAUUCGGGCCGAGCGCUGCUGACGGAGCAGGAGCUGCCGGUGGCGGAGGCUCUGAUCCAGAUGCCCUACCAGAACCUGCCGCCUCCUCAGACGGCGGCCGUCGACCUGAAGGUGCAUCCGCGCAGACGCGACGCAGCUUCGCCGUUGGGGCAAACAUGCAAAGUGAACAGACAGAGUUUGGAGGACGGGGGAGACGGACAGUCUCCACAGACAGACAAGUCCCAGACGUCUCUCAGUGCAGCUCCUCAGCAGAACGAAGCAGUAGUGACAGGAUCCUCCAUCGCAUCCAUCCCCUCAGUGAUAAGGUCUGCACAGGUGGAGGAGCCGUGUCAGCUCACCACCACCAGCCCCCCUCCUCCCCCUCCUCCCCCCAGCCUCCCAGCGGCAGCCAGAGGCCCCAGUCAGCCUGAACCUGCUCCCCCCAGUGUCCCAGGAAGCCCCGAGAGGAUCCGCACGACCCACGUCCUCACUCACCUCAUAGAGGGCUUCGUGAUCCGAGAGGGUCUGGAGUCCUUUCCUGUGGGACCCUCCUCGCUGCUGGAGGACCAGCAGGCUUCACUCCCGCAGCCCCAGCAGCAGCAGACGAGCGGAGGCGCGGCAGCGGAGCGCAGUCCUCCGAGCGCCGACCCGUCCGCGUCAUCGGACUCGGAGGUGGAGGACGACGGGCCAGCGGCAGCCGGGUUCGGGGGGAGCGCGGCGGCCGUGCUGCAGUGUGAGUUCUGCGGGAAACGAGGCUUCGCUCACACGUUCGUCAGGUCCAAGCGCUUCUGCUCCAUGACGUGCGUCAGAAGGUUCAGCGUCAGCUGCACCAGGCGUAUCUCCAUGCUGAGGGCGGGCCACAGGCCGGCGGGCAGGAGGGGCCGGCCCCCCAGCAGAGUCAAUGGAGCCUGCAGACAGCAGUUUCUGAGCCAGGCUCACGGCUCGUUGCUGAGAGAGGAGGAAGAGGAGGAUGAGGAAGAUGAGCCUAGAGUUCCCAUGACAACGCGGCUGCGGAAGCAGGCGGAGGGGAAGCAGGACAGGGCGACGGAGCAGAGAAGCACAGAUACGUUCAGCGUGUCGGACGGGUGUCCGUCCCAGUGGAACGUGGAGCAGGUGUUCGCUUACAUCAGCUCCCUGCCAGGCGGACAGGAAGUGGCAGACGGGUUUCGCUCCCAGGAAAUCGAUGGACAGGCCCUGCUGCUGCUCACAGAGGACCACCUGGUCAGCACCAUGAACCUCAAACUGGGACCUGCACUCAAACUCUGCGCCCACAUCAACUGUUUGAAAGACACCUGAGAACACUUCCACUGUCAGAGGACGUGUUUGUGCUGCUGUGGCGCCAGGAAAAGCAGAACCCAGGUCUGUUCAAGUGAAGCACUGCUCAUCUUUGACUCGUCUCACUUGACCUUGGACUGAGCUGAAAUCAUGAAUGCUGUUUUUUCAUGAGGCCACUUUUAAUAUUUGGCUCAUCCAUUUGUUUCAGAAUGGUUUUAAACUUUGUUUGUAUCAUUUGUAAACAAAAAGACCGACUUAACUUUUAAACGAUUUCACAUUGAAGGUGCUGUAAAUGUCAAAACAGAUUAUCAGAGGGGUUAAAGUUGUAAGAAAGUUGUAAUGAGUUAUAAAAACGUACAAGUUAUUUAUUGUUAUUUAUGUGUUACACUCGUGAUAAUAUGCAAAUAAAGUGAAUCUGCUUCACAGUUCA